AUGACUGUUGAAAAGUCCGCCGAACAACCAUCCACCAACACGGCUCCAAAUCCAAAGGAUGCCAUGGAGGACAAGGCGACUAGGCAAAGCCUGUCCGUCACGAUCGCCAAGAAAAAAUGUCGAGAACAGCUGCGAGCAGCUGUGGAAAAGAAGCGUAAAAGGCAGAACGGCCAAGCACCUCGCGCAGCCGAUAGUCCUAGUGACUCGUCUCGAGCGGUAAUCUCCCGCCUGAUUGAGAGCGCCAGCUUUCCCAUGGUCUGGGAGCAUGGCAUUCUACCCUUUCUAGUCGAGUUUCUCCCCAAGUGGUGCGGCCCGAACCACGUCGUCAGCGUCACCCGCGGCAAGACUCCCGGCUCCCGUCGCGUCUGUAUAAUGACUAAGAAGCAACCAUCACGAGCACGACGGAUUAUCAUCGCAACCCACGUGAAAGAUCUUCUGCCUGAGAUCUACCGCCCAACAGUAUCUUUCGAAUUCUCCAUCGGCGCCGUGGAACGUCUAGUCUGGGCCCGAGGGUUGAGCAAGGACAUGCCAGACGACAUCUGCAUGGCCCGGAACCCAUAUUACUUCAAGGACCCGUGUAUGGGAGACAGCAUCGGCAUCGCGGGGACAGACGACUUCGAGGAGAGUACCUCAACUCUGGGACCAUGUCUAGUCAUCGGCGGUGGAAACUACUGGCUGGCCAACUUCCAUCCCUUCGUCGACGCGUACCAACACCUAAGCGAAGUCAGCGUGCAACAUCCUUCACCAAGCGACCGAUCUCGCUGCAUCGAGGAACGCCACGAUACCAUGGACGAAUCCAAAGACUUCAACAUCGGUAAACUAACGGCAACAUCGGGCAUCGACCUCAAGACGACCCGCAUCUCACAUGACCCUUUUUGGGAAGACUGCGGGAAAGAACAGCCUCUGAUCGUGACGGACUGGAUCCUGAUCGCCGCAAAGACUAAGCAAGCCAAUAUUCUUCGCCGGUUCCCCUCAGAGACUAUGCCCCUCCUCAAAGAGAUACCCAUCAAGACCACAUCGGCAGUCGUCCCAGGCGGGGCGGUUGUUUCCACGGGUCGAACAUCUGGCCAACAGCGCGGACAGGUAUGUGAGGUGCCCGCCUACGUCAGGGGAGAGGACAACGGUACAGGGAAGGCUACACGCGAAUGGUUCAUCGAAGACCCGGACGAUGACGAGGAAGCAUGGAUUCGCGGUGGCAUCGGCGUUGAAGGCGACAGCGGUGCUGCGGUAGUCGACGCAGACACCAAUGCCCUUGUGGGCCAACUCUGGGGACGGAACAAGUACUUCGGGGCCGGCCCCCGCGUGACCUACUUCACCCCUGUCGGCGACCUCUUUGACGAUAUCCAAGAACGGUGCGACCAGCAAGGACGGCCCCAACUGCCGCAGUACCGAGACGAGUCAGACUGCUACCCUGUCUACCCUAGUUGCCGACAGUGCUACGACCUACGCACCUAUCUCGACAGCAGACGCAGCUCGCGCGAAUCCCUCCGCUCCAUGAUCGGCCGACUCGAGAGCGACCACGGCGAACUACCCUCGCUCGGCGGCACGUCAGAGCUUGCGACGCCACAGGACCACGUUCUAUGGUCCCGGCACACUGGGGUCGAGGAAGUCGGGUCAUCGUUCUCCAGCAGCAUAUCUCCCGCCGCAGUCCACACCUUCGGCUUUACCCCGCAGCCGGGGACGCCCAGCAUCGUAGACGUCAAGAGCCCGUACGCCCUAACGCUCAGCGCGGAGGAUCUGUAUGACGACGAGGUCUUCACGUCAACGGCCACCGGCAAACGGUCAGCUGCAAUGAUACCGCGCGGUUCGGUCCCGGGUGCUAAGAGGCAAAGAUUACAUUAG